AUGGCGGACCCUCUCUCCAUCUCAGCCAGUAUCGCGGGUCUCGUCGCUCUCGCUGACCUUGUCUUUCGAUCUGGUACCAAGUAUGCCAAAAGCUACAGGGGGGCUCAGAAAGAGGUCGAGGGCCUUUUGCGGGAAAUCAGAGACCUCUCAGUCGUUUUGCAUAGCCUGUCCUUGGUUGCAUUUGACCUGGAGGAGGCGGAACCUCCCGAAAAGAAUGUUUAUCUACAGAAAAAGACCAGUCUCCAGCCGCAUCAUCUGCACGACUGUCAUCGGCUUUUAAGGCGCCUAGAGACAAAUCUCUCUCGUACCGGAGCUUCUAUGACGUCCGAUUCGGGUAUGGAAAGACUCCAAGCUCGUCUCAAAUGGCCCUUCACAUCGACCGAGUCCAAGGAUAUGAUACUCGAGAUUCAACGCUACAAGCAGAUCAUAGACAUUGCUCUCGCAUCCGAUACAUUGGCCAAGUUAAACCUAUGUUUAUCUCGGCAUUCUGAGAUGAAAGAUAGUCUUGAUGGAGUUCAACGCAUAACGGAGAAAAUCUUAGACAUUCAAGUCAAGAUCGCACUCGAUGCGAAGAGAGACAAAGUAUUGAAAGACUUUGGACGAGUCAACCCCCGACAAGAAUACGACACAAAUAGGAGUUUACGACAUGGACUUACUGGCCUAUGGCUUACACAAGGAUCCGAAUUUGGUCACUGGUAUUCUACUCCUGGUUCCAGAAUCUGGUGCAGUGGGAUUCCCGGCGCUGGGAAAUCUGUUCUUGCAGCUGCCAUGAUUCAAGAGUGCCUACAGCUAAAUACCGACGAUAUAAACAUGGCAGUUGCAUACUUCUUCUGCACGUACAGAUCCGAGCUUUCCCAGCAACCUUCAUCUAUCCUCUCAUCUUUGUGCAUGCAACUCGCGCUGCAGAAUGAGAAAGCAUUCGAGACUUUGCAGCAGUAUCACGACGAGCUCUACUCCAGUUCUUCUCUUUCCACAGAACCUACCACAGACAAGUUGAUUGAGAUACUCGGUCGCCUUUGUGAUUGCUUCAGGCAAGUCCAUAUCGUUAUUGAUGGCUUGGAUGAAUGUGGUGGCCAGGCUGGAUCAAGCGUAAAGUGUCUAGCGAAACUCGCCUUGUCAGCCGGCGGAAAGCUCAUCAGCUUGGCAUUGUUAAGUCGAAAUGAGAUUGAGAUCCGACAAGAAGUUGAGGACGACUUUUCUCAUAUUGAGAUCGAGGCACAAACGGCAGAUAUACAGCUCUACGUGGCCUCUGAACUAAGCGAACGGAUUGCUUCAAGGAAGUUGAGGCUGCGCGACCCGAGUCUCAAAGACCUCAUCAUGACAAGAUUGGUUGAUGGAGCCAAAGGCAUGUUCCGCUGGGUGGCCUGCCAGAUAGACCACAUGUGCGAGCUACCAACGGACAAAGCUCGACGGGAAGCUCUGGACAAAUUACCGCCUACCCUAUUUGCGAGCUACGACCGCAUCCUUAUGAGAAUAGAAAGUUACAUUGACCCAGUUAAGCACUUAGUUAAGAAGGCACUAUUAUUUCUAUCCUAUAGCCGACCGGAGAUUGGCUUAAAAGGGUUAUGCGAGGCUAUCAGCCUCAAUGAGGGCUCCAAAAUUCUUGAAUAUGACGAAAUUGUGGACGAAGGAGACUUACUGCAAUGGUGCAGCAGUUUCGUUCGAACUAAGACCAUCGCCAAGCAACAAAGAAACCUUGUGACUAUAGAGUUUGCUCACUUUACGGUUCGCGAAUAUCUUGGCACACUAAAGACUCGCUACUUUGAUCAGGCAUCAGCAAAACUGAAGGACUACGGAGUUUCUCUGAAAGAGAGCAAGGAACUCGCUACAUGCAGCUACAUACGCUGCAUUACCAUGAACAGUGUUGAGCGGCUUCCUUCCGCAGGGAACAUAAUGCUAGUGAUCGAGAAGCUCAUUAGGCAGCGUCGGCGCAGCGAGCUUUACUGUUAUGCAGUAGUGGCCUUGCGCUCUGACAUCACACAUGGAACAGGCCCAACAAGUAAAGCAUGGGGACUCAUCCAGGAGUUAUUUCAGCCUUCCAAGACGACUGCUUUCUGUUUGUGGGCCAUCGAAUAUAUGCUUUGUUGCAACAAUCAAGUCCUUGGCCGUGAGACAGAUCCAGAUAGUUCCGGAAAGCGGGCUUUGAAUGAAGCCAUCUAUGCUAUUCUUAGACCAGAAUUCAGCACUCUGCACUUAGCAGCUGCUUUUGGUCUACAUGCCAUCUGCAAGUGGCUAUUGGGAAUGGGCUCCGACGCAGAGCUAUGCAGUAGAUUUGGCACGCCACUGGACUGCGCUGUUGGUGGUUUGGGUAUAUUCAAAGAAACUGGUCUCCUCCACAAUCUAUGUGUUCAAUAUAUGCCCUCGCCGGGUCGAACUUGGACGGUCCAACUACUGAUUCAGGUUACUGCCAGUCGAAAGCCUCAUAUCGACACUAUUUAUCGAUCAGAAAACAUCGCAUCAUUCGCCCUGAAAGAUGCAAGUCCAUUUAACCAAAACCUUGAGGUUGUCAUGCAUCUCAUCCAAGCGGGAUUUGAUAUUAAUAUCACGGCUCAAGCUAUGAAGGAAUUGCAAGAUAUGUUUAGGCUCAACUUGCAAGAUCGCCUGCGGAAUCCAGGCAGCUCUGCUGAGAAAACACUUUUCUCCAAUUUUCUUGAGGUUUUAAAUAGCCAAGAAACUCCGAAUGUGACUGUGCGCUUCUUUCAACAAGAGAUACAGGCCUUUGUUCACGGAACUGUAUCAAGGUGCUCACUGUCAGAUUUGAGUAACAUGCCCGAUGAACAAGUCCUAGGUUAUAUAUUUUCCCUUAUCAAACUCAACAACGCAGAAGGGAUGGACGAGUUUCUCAGUACCAGUCGAUGUGAACUUGUUAAGUCGGGAGAAAUCGACCCCAGUCACCAAGACUUCAGUGCACUGCACCUCGCCGUGACAUACCGAUCUGAUUCCGUCCUUAGAAAGUUGUUGGACUUUGGUUUAGAAGUGAGAACAGGGACACGAUUUGGCAGGACAGCAGUACACUUGUGCGGUCUGGAAGACAACAACCAGUCCCUCCAAACUUUGUUGCAGUACGGGGUGACCACCCUGGACACGGAUAGGUUUAAUAAGACAGUAUGGCAUUACGCUGCAGAGAAUAACUCGCUGCCUGUUCUAGCAGUACUGCUUUCUUCCAGUGAGCGCGAAGCUGGAUUAAAAAUGUUAUCCUACAGCAGAAAAUCACCGAUAUGCUCUGCAGUAUCUCAGUCCCAAUUACCCUCUGUCACGCUUUUGUUGGACUACUGCGAAACACAAGAAUAUUGGAAACACAAAGAUUCUCUGUACAGAGUGCUGCGAGAGCCGCUGUUUGGCAAAGUUUGUGAAAGACUGUUUGCUCUUGGGAUCUUUACCGACACUGCGUACGGACUUGGCAUCCUGACAGAGAGCUUACAGCAAGCCAUCGAAGAGGACGACGUCGGUCACUGUCGGAAAAUAUACGCACUAGGCUAUCCAAGAGAACCCGAUUUCGAUGUUCAGCCUAAUACUCCAUUGACGUUAGCUAUAUACAACCAUGCACUCUUUGUAGUCGAAUAUCUGCUUGCAGAACGAGUACAGGUUUCGACUAUCGUCUUGCACCCUGAAUCGUUACAGAUUUGCACGGCUCUCGAACUGGUGUUGGAAAAGCCAUGUUUUAACAAUCAUAUACCGUCGCUUCUAGCCAAAUAUAUUGCCGAGGGUGGUAACCUCGCACACAGACAAUCCAGUCUUCUUUCCAUACCCCUCGCAACGGGCAACUCUGAUGGACUUAUCAUACUACUGAGAGAGUUAAAAUGCAUAAAUCAAGGCCAAAACAUGUUCAAGAAUAUCCCGUUCGAGGAACAGAAGGCACGAGCUGAUAUGUUAGCCGCCAUGAUCAACCAGCCAGAUAAACGCAGUCAAUGUCAGACGCCACUCCACAUCGCAGCUGGCAAGAAAGACCUGAGAGGAACAAGGGAGUUAAUCGAUUGCGGUGCGUUUGUCGAUGCAUAUGACAGCCAACACAAGACACCUCUGUUCAUCGCAGUCGAGAAGGGCUAUCAAGACGUAGCAGAAUUUCUCAUUGAUCAUGGCGCUCAGCUUGAUGUCAGAAGCACUGCGAAUGAAACACUAAUGGAAGUAGCCUUUGCGAAUGGAAACUGGAAACUGGCUAGCUUUCUUCUCGAACUCAAGGCAGCAAGUAAGCGAUUGACUUGUUAUGGGGAGAGCCUGCUGAAUCGCAUGACCCGGAUUCAGACAUCCGGCACCGAACAAAACCUCGCUCUUUUCCACCGCAUCCUUGAUACUGGGGAUGAUGUUUAUGAAAGGGACAUCUACGGCUUGUCGGCCUUCCAUCACCUCUUCUUAGAUCCUUGCUUUGUUUACUUACGGUCCCUACUAGAAACUGGCCCGGAACUACAAGUUUACAGACACAAAGGGUGGCCCGAUCUCUUUUUCGUUGAGGGGACUGAAAAGCUGGUCAGAAUAACAAAGUCUUUCCGAUAUGUUCGCCACAAACUCAACAGAGAUGAGAUGCUUCAACUCAGCGACGCAGCAAACCCGGGGACGCACAGCUUGCUAUGUAGAGCAGCUUGCUGGAACUCAGUUGAGGCUAUUCAAAACAUCGUCGGGUUGGGAAUUCAUAGAUUUGAACAUCGAUGCGAUGAGCACGGAAAUCCCUUGAAUGCUGCAAUUUUGCAUCGUCGAUUUGAAGCGGUAAAGUGUCUCGUGCGCAAUGGUGCGCCAGUUCCUACAGACCUUUGCCUACCGAGGGAUGCGACCAUCAGCACGGCGAAUCUCGAUUUUGUGAUCAGACAAUGGCUGUUCAUUGGAAGAUUUAUUGACCAGAAGAAAAUACUCAAUGGUAGUGUCAGGAACGGCGCCGAGGUCGGGAGAUGGUCUGGAGUGUGGGUUGCCCAAGUUCCAAUACCGUGGGCAUACAGGAAGGUUGUUGGGGAGAGUAUACUAGAGUAUGCAAAGAGGAGAAGAUACAUAGUGCGGAACGAGAUGACGAACUUUCGAGUUGGCCAGUUAGUGCGGCCUAAGAGUUGA